AGCGCACGCGAGUCGUUCUGUCGGCACUAUUCCAGUAACAUUCAACUCGUGGUCUUUUUAUUCGUGCAAUUGCAACGAUCACUAAUUUUUAAGUCACUAACUAAAUAGUUGAGUCAUUUAAUAAAAAGUGCUCCUUGUAAUUGACCAUAGAGAAGUGAAUUGUACGGGUUAUGAGUUCAUUUCACUAUUGUUUCAUUCCAAAUCGUUGAAUCAUUGCACGCGGUGUGAGUAGAAUCAGUGAAUUAAAUAAUAAAAAUUGGUGAAUCACCGUAUUGAGUAUUCAACGUAAUAUAUAGAUUAAUGUGGUUAGCUUCUUUUUUUUUAUUUAGCAUUUAGGUGUGUGUGUUAAUUGAAAUUGGUGCGAGUGUGCAGUGAUAAGUUUAAGUGUGAACCUAGCUCGGAUAAGUCCCGAUUAUCGCAACUUCAACAUCAUUGGAAGUGAUACCUGAGAGUGGUGAAAAUUGUUAUUGUCGGAGUUCAGUUUGUUUAUUCUUUGGCUCAUAACGAAGUUCCAAGUGGAAGUGUACUUAUAUUCUCGGCCUAGAGUCAUUGCGUGGCCUCUGGACAAAUCAGGCGGAUCGUCUUUUACGGCAACAAUCCAGGACAGAGCUACACUGCCGAAUAGUGUCAACUGGAUAUGUGAAGCAUCGGUGUAUCUAUCGCACAUAGUAAUAACAGACGAAAAACGUUCGGUAACCGCACAUUACUCGGCGGGUCAAAUUCCGUAGCUCAUACUCACGCGUCCCCUGCUCCCACGAGAGUGUCAGCGAGAUUGGCAAUUCAUAAAAUGAAAUGGUGAACACAUGAGGAAGGAAAUCUGAGAGUUCGUGUGCUAAUAGUGGCAAUAUUGAAGGUACUCCUCCGGGCUAUUGGUUGACGGUUUGCCGCUGCAGUGUCGACAAGUGAGAGAUCAAGCAGAAUUCCCGACGAAGUGGCCAUUCAUGUAUCCACCAUUGAAUGUGGGCUUUCGAAUGAAUUACUAGCGGCAAUUCCAUAUUGGCUGCUGAUUGAAUGAGCUCCUUCAAUUGAAAGGGGACUAAUUGAAUCUUCACUGAAUGAAUAUGGCUCAACAAGCAUCAGUAAUUGUUAUUCGAAAAACGGGAUAUGGUACUGCCACUGAGCGGAGCAAGAAGACAUUUUCCAUCAUAAUUAUCCUGAGAACGAAGACCCAUGCUAGCAAGAUGCUUUAAUGUACUCCCGGAUCAAAAAACCGUCACCAAGCUAUCCCUUCACCGAAUACACAGAUCCUUUGCUGAACGUGAUUGAACCAUGGGACGUAUAACUACUCGUCUGCUCUGCUUGGGCCUAAUAUUUCUGAUAACCAAAGGUCAAGAAUCGUGGGAAUGCAAAGCCCCCUGCAAGUGUAAAUGGGUCUCCGGUAAAAAAACUGCAGAUUGCGUACGUUCUAACUUCACGCACAUUCCCACCUAUUUAUCUUCAGAGAUUCAGAAUCUGGACCUAACAGGCAACCGAAUUAGCCACUUAUCAGCGGGUGUAUUCAGCCGAGUAGGCCUUGUGAAUCUGCAUAAACUGAUCAUGCGAGACUGUGGUGUGAGAGCCAUUGACACAGCAGCCUUCAACGGCUUGAAGAUCGUCAUUGAGCUGGAUCUCUCGGGUAAUCAUCUCAAGAACCUCCUCCCAGGAACUUUCAUGGAAACUCAACGCUUACGGGUCCUCUUGCUAAAUCACAAUCAACUGGAGAGUCUGGAAAACGGCCUAUUCCACGACCUCGAAUUCCUCCAAAAAAUCGAGCUCUCUAACAAUAGGCUGCAACGAAUCUCGGAGAAGACUUUCGAAAAGCUUCCAGGUUUACACAGCCUCGCACUCGAUGGUAACAACUUAACAACAGUUAAACUCGCAACCUUCGAGAAUCUCCCCAAGCUUGGUAGUCUAGAGCUGCAAAAUAAUCAUUGGAAUUGCAAUUGUCACCUUAAAAGAUUUCGCAAUUGGACUAUCGAACGCAAACUUUAUACAGAACCAACUAAAUGCAGCCAACCAUCUACGCUAGCAGGAAAAAUGUGGAAUGAAGUGGAUACCGAUGAAUUUGCUUGUAGUCCUAAAAUCAUAUCCAUAGGUCCUCACACUCAUCUAGAAAUUAUAACUGGAGAUACUGUUACAAUGUGGUGUCAUGCAGCUGGUAUACCACCUCCUCAAUUAUCCUGGGUACAUCGUUCCCGUGUAAUAAGUAAUUCGACCAAGCGGCAAACAGCUGACCGAAGUUAUUUAUUAACUGAACGCCACGAAUGGCUGAAUGUCACAAUACCAUAUGUAUUAAUUGCUGACAAGGGUGAUUACAUAUGCAUUGCCAAGAGCCCUGGUGGUAGUGUUGAAAGAAACAUAAGUGUUACGAUCCUCGGAGAUAAUGAGAGUAGUAAAAUUGGACCAAUAAGUUUGUCACUAGCACUUGGUCUGGGUGUGACAUUAUUACUUUUACUGUUGUUUCUCAUGACAUUGUGUGCAUGGUAUUGCAGGAGAAAACGUAUACGACAUGAUGAAAAAAAUAGUGCUGAUAUUACGUCGUUAGAGCAUCAUGGCUUGGGUGAACAGGAAAAGUCACUCAUUACGGCAAUUAAUCCAGUGGUUAAACCACCGAGGAGAUACGAAGCACCAUCUGUUACGUCCCAUGGUACUGAGAUGACUGAGCUCAAUCGCACGCUACUUGACAACGAUUCUGUCUUCGCUGACAAUCCAGGAAGUAUAGUUGGUGUGUUCGGUGGUACGAUUGAGGAGGACCAAGGUCGUUCAACACCAGAUCAUGAUAUGCUAAUCCGUACUAACAAUUAUCGUCAGUAUCCACCAGAUCUAUUAGCAUUCUCGGGUGGUCGAGGCUCAUCACCAACGAGUCAAUCAUCAACCGCCCAAGACACACCGCGCCAUAGUAGUCAAUACGGUUCGCCAUCAUCUGGGCAAUAUCCAACGUCGUUUAAAACGCUACCCCACAAUCGAAGUGGGAGUGCCUCUUACAAUUCACCGAUACCAGUGUUGCCUCGUCAUGGAUACGUAACUAUACCAAGAAGACCAAGAGCACCCAGUUGGAGCAGUGGACCACCUACCUCACCUGUAGGUGUUCUGGAUGGAGGGGUUGAGCCAGUUUAUGAUAAUCUUGGAAGACGAACGACUGCUGAUGGAAGUUCGGUUGUCUCGUUAAAUAAGAGCCCUGAACCUGGUGCAUCAAUGAGGAUGAGACCAUUACCUAUCACACCGACCAAUUUGUUUAAUUCAAUACAACGUAGCACACCGAAUAUACUAGCUGGAAGCGCACUGGACAGAUCAGCACCUGAGGGUGCUGUUGAGUGGUCAACCAAGAUGGACGAGGGAGAGAACAGAGCUAGAACCGAAACUGGCAAUAAUGGAGGGACACUGGGGAGGAAGGUACCUCCUAGGCCACCACCCAAACCGAAGAAAAAAGUAGACAAUGGACCACUAUACGAGGACGAGGGCGAGGAUGGUACUGAAGUUUGAUGGUGACUUUGGGGAAUAGGAGAGGUCAUGGUAUUGAAUAAACCGGUUUGUGCCUUAGACGCUGGAAAUUAAUAAACGACGAUAGCUGAUGGCUGCUCAGCGGCGAGAAAAAACUUUGAGAUGAUAAUUAUUGAAAAUUAGUGAAGAUCAUUAAUUGACAAUUACUUAUUACUGUAUCUCUCGGUAAUUUAUUUUUUACUUUCAGUUUAAUUUUUUUCCAUUUUUCUGAUUAAAUGCCUUUAGUUUAGUUAUAUAUGAAAUUAUGAUGGUCAUGUGGUGAACAGACGAUUCGACGAGACUGUUUGUAAUUCAUUUUAAAAUUGAUGAUCAACGACAUGAAUGCAUAAUUGACAAUAAUAUUGGGGUCAUUACGUUUUAUCAACCUAAUUAUUCACGAUAAAUUGAUUUAUGUUUAGUUUCCGUGUUUAGCACAUACAAAACCAUGUCAUUUUGUAGUAACAUUUGAAGUGAUUGAUAGGAUUUGUGUUUGUAGAUAACAAACACUAAUGGAGACACGACCAAUAGUCAAUCAAGAUUAGAGAUAUAAUAGGUGUUUAGUAAAUGAAUUCAUAAUUUUGCCGCA